AUGUCAUCAUCAAUACCAUACGAUCCAUAUGUUCCACCAGAAGAGCACUUUAAUGCUGCUGAAGAGCCAUCACAAUCCAAGACCGCUGCUUUACAAGCGGAAAUCGACGAUACUGUUGGUAUCAUGAGGGAUAACAUCAACAAGGUUGCCGAACGUGGUGAAAGAUUAACCUCUAUUGAAGAUAAAGCUGAUAACUUAGCUGUAUCUGCCCAAGGUUUUAAGAGAGGUGCUAAUAGGGUUAGAAAACAAAUGUGGUGGAAAGAUUUAAAGAUGAGAUUAUGUUUGGUAAUUUGCAUAAUUAUUUUACUAGUGGUCAUCAUUGUUCCUAUUGUUGUUCAUUUCACAUAA